CAAAGAAGACAUACAGAUGAAAAAAGACCUUGAAGCUGUUUCCCAACUCAGCACAGCUACCAAAGUACAGUCGGCAGAGCUUCAGGUGGAGGUGUCCAUGGACUCCGUUCAAGGCCAUAUCCACCCAGGCAGAUUUCCUAGAGGUCUCUGGCAGGCUGUAUCCAGCAGGGGAAAAAAACUCUAGGUUUUUUUUUGUGUGCUGUGAAUGGUUUACUGGUUUACGGGGGGACGUGGAAGCUGGCGUGUGAUUGGUGGAGGGUAUAAAAGCUGGGAAAGGGCUGCAGCAUCUCUAACUACAUCUGCAUCUGAGGGAAACCCAGCAUCUGUCUGCAUCUGUCUGCAUCUGUCUGCACGUCUGCUGUAUCAGGAUGAUUAGUGUGGCUCUGAUCUGGGCAGUGGUGGUGGCACUGUGCUGCUGCCUGUGGCUCUUUCUGGGGAUCCGAAGGAGAGAACCUGGAGAGCCUCCAGUGGAGAACGGCUGGAUCCCGUACCUCGGCUGUGCCCUUCAGUUCGGUGCCAACCCUCUGGAGUUCCUCCGCAGCAGGCAGAAGAAGUACGGCCACAUAUUUACCUGUAAAAUCGCCGGACAGUACGUCCACUUCCUGUGCGACCCCUUCUCGUACCACUCCGUCAUCCGGCAGGGACGCCACCUGGACUGGAAGAAGUUCCACUUCGCAGCUUCUGUAAAGGCUUUUGGUCACGACAGCAUGGACCCGAGCCACGGCUACACCACAGAGAACCUGCACCAGACCUUCCUGAAGACGCUGCAGGGUGAAGCUCUGCCCUCCCUGAUCGAGAACAUGAUGGAGAACCUGCAGAGCGUCAUGCUGCAGUCCAACAUGCUGAAGGCCAGGCGCUCCGACUGGGAGGUGGACGGCAUCUUCGCCUUCUGCUACAAGGUGAUGUUCGAGUCCGGCUACCUCACCCUGUUCGGCAAGGAGCUGGAUGGAGAUCCGACCAUCGCCCGCCAGCAGGCCCAGAAAGCCCUGGUCCUCAACGCUCUGGAGAACUUCAAAGAGUUCGACAAGAUCUUCCCAGCUCUGGUCGCCGGCCUGCCCAUCCACGUCUUCAAGAGCGGCCACAGCGCCAGGGAGAACCUGGCAAAGACCAUGCUGCACGAGAACCUCAACAAACGCACCCAGAUCUCUGAUCUCAUCUCCCUCAGAAUGCUGCUCAACGACACUCUGUCCAAAUUCAACGAGAUCGGCAAGGCCCGGACCCACGUCGCCAUCCUGUGGGCAUCCCAGGCUAACACCUUACCCGCCACCUUCUGGUGCCUCUUCUACCUCAUCAGGUGUCCCACAGCAUUAAAGGCUGCUAGUGAAGAAGUGAUGAAGAUUUUUGAGAGUUCCAGCCAGAAGGUGGAUCCCAAUAACCCUCAGCUGGUUCUGACCAGAGAACAGCUGGACAACAUGCCCAUUCUCGACAGUAUAAUAAAGGAGGCGAUGAGGCUGUCCAGCGCGUCUAUGAAUGUCCGAGUGGCUAAAGAGGACUUCCUGCUCCAUCUGGACAACAAAGAGUCCUACCGUAUCCGCAAGGACGACGUCAUCGCCCUCUACCCUCAGAUGCUGCACUUUGAUCCUGAAAUCUACCCGGAUCCUCUGACCUACAAGUAUGACCGGUACCUGGAUGAGAACGGGCAGGAGAAGACAAGCUUCUACAGGGAAGGCCGGAAACUGCGCUAUUUCUACAUGCCCUUCGGCUCCGGCGUCACCAAGUGCCCCGGACGCUUCUUCGCCGUCCACGAGAUCAAGCAGUUCCUGGCUCUGGUUCUGUCCUACUUCGAGUUGGAGCUUCUGGACUCCGCGGUGAAGAUUCCUCCCCUGGACCAGUCCCGCGCUGGACUGGGCAUCUUACAGCCCACCUACGACGUCGACUUCAGAUACCGACUCAAAGCCCAAUAGGAUGAUCCCACUGUCCGUAUUUAUUGACUGAAGCACGAAUGCUGUUGUAGAUGUUGUUGUUGUUUUGUUACGUUCUGUCUAGACAAACCAAAGAUUGCUGCCACUGGAAAUUCCUCGUUAGGACUGGUCUGAUUGAACACAGCGCUAAUGGAAAGCGUACACUCCCAGUAGGACCUCCCAACACCAAACUGUGACAUUUUUACACUGUAAACGAUGUAAACUAAGUAACUUAAAUAUGAAGCAGCAUCUGAUUACAGAGCGCUUUUUGAGUUAGCUUAAUUUAGCUCUGUUAAUAAUGCUAUUGUAUUUCUAGGAAGUUGCUAAAGGGUUUUUAAGUAGUUGCAAUUGUAACAGUUAGGUUGCUAUGGGCAUGAUAGGGUUGCUAUGAAAUAGCUGUUAGUUUCUAAGCCGAUGCUAAGUGGUUUCUGAAUUAUUGCUUUUGGUAAAGGUGUUUAAUAGGCUGUUGAGAAGGUGCUACUGUGGUAAAAGUGCUGUUGUUCGCUAAGCUGUUGCUAUGGUGUAGCUCUUGGCUGAUAAGGUGUUGCUAGGUGGUUGAGAAGGAUCUCCUAUGGUAUAAAUGCUGGUUGCUAUGAAAGGUGUGAAAGGGAAGAUGCUACAGUAUUCCUAAAGUGGUUCCUAAAGUGUUGCUACGGUGUAGCUGUUGGUUAAAAAAAGUGCUUCUAAGCCGUUGCUGUGGCUUGUUUUGUGCUUGCGAAAGUGUUGCUAUGGUGUAGUUGUUGGGUUUCCAUGGUGUUGCUACAUGUGAAAGGUAUUGCUAAAGUGUUUAUGCUAAUCCUUUUAUCAAAAUGAGUCUAAAUUGCCUACUGCAAACCGUCUAAGAUGAGAGUUAGAAGAACACUUGACUUACAGAAGUUGAGUUAACUCAAAAAAUGCUCUGUAAUCAGAUACUUAAAUGUAACUUCACAUUGUUUAGAGUUUAGACCAAGUCAGUGUUAACCCCUUAUUAUAUAAUAUACAGUGCUUUCUCGUGGCAGUAAUGUGUAUAAAUGUAAGUAGAUUUAAUAUUGUAUAUUUAUAAUUAUGUUUUUUGCUGAUUUGAAGUGUUAUUUUUUGAAGGCUUCUAAAAUGAUUAGUGAUAAUGUUCACAUUUAACAUAUUCAAAAGCUGCUUUAAGUUUGAGGUGCACUAAAAACAGUUCUUUGGCUGAAACCAGACUAAAUGAAAUAUUCAGUUGAAAGCUGAAUAUAUAAUAUCGCCACUUUUUUCACCACUGAAGACAAUUUCCAAAAAAAAAGCAAAUACAAAACUACAAGAAAAAAAUAUAUAUAUAUUUAUUGAACACUUAUUGAACCCACUCAAUGCUCCCAACAUUAGAAGUGUAAACAUAAGCACACACCUCCUACGAUACAUGUCAAAUCAGACUCCGCCUCUUUUCCAACUGCCGCCAAUCAAUGCAGCAUCACUAUCACAGCACAUUUGGAGGAAAGUGCCAGAUCCCCAGCUCUGAUGCAUCAGCUAAGAGACGACUGCAUUAGCUGUAGGGAGUGAGCACCACCUACUCACCCAGAGAGAGCGUGGACCAUUGUUCUCUCUCGGACUCCGGCUGCUGAUGCCAAACAGCAUGAUCUGAUUUGAACAGACAAUCAUAGUGGCAGCAGAAACUUUUUGUUUAUGGCUUUUAUGGACCAAACCGAAAUAUGUUUUUUGGAAACAUAUUUUUUUGGUUGCCAUACAUGUGGUGCAUCCCUGCUUUAGUUAAAACUUUACGGCUCUGCUUCUUUAGUUAUCAGUAAUAUUUACUGCCUGUGAGCCAUGAGUUCCUUUAUUAAAGCAAAACCCUGGCUGAGGACACUAACAGUUUCGAUACUUUUUUGUAGUGUAAUUAUUGUUAUUUAUGUUUAUGAUUAAUGGAACAAUACUGGCGCUGUAUAUAUAACCUGGAAAUGAUCAUAAAUGUUAGGGCUGCUGUGUGUUUUGUGAACAACAUGAUUGCUGUAGAAUUGCUUGUUAAUGAGUUGGACGCUUGCCACAGUUCUCACAUUUGCUGUUUAAAGAAUGCAAUUAAAACUUUUUAUAGUAGA